AUGAAAGUGGAUCUAUAGCACAACACUUACAACGGAUUAUACUUUUUGACAGAUUCAACACGUGCGGCACAACAUGGGAAAGUGCCAUUAUUAAAACUUAAAUUUAUAUUAAUUAAAAUAUAAAUGUUUGGAGAAUUUUUGGACAACUAUAUUCCCACUCUUAUAUGUGUUUAACUAUAAACUGUUCAGAAAAUCAUUGCAGCAAAACAUUGCAGUAUAACAAACAAAGCAGAAGAGGCAAGGCGUGUGCCAACUGAUAACUCGGCUACAAAAGCUAUAGAGUGUAAUACAAAUAUAUCCCGUUUUAGAAAAUAUAUAUGCAAUGGAUUUUGACGAACUUGAUAAACUUAAACUACAAUAUUUGGCCGGUGCAAAUCUUGUUGAGCAUACGCCACUUUUUUCCGCUGGAGGAGAGUUUAUAUUUAUACGUUCCAAGGAUGUUGUACGAGUUUAUUCCACGGCAACCGGUGAGCUAGCACGCAAACUAUCAGGAGGUAAUAGUAAUCUAGUGUCCAUGGAAUUGGAAUUGCGCGAUAAUGAGACGCUGGUUGCAUGCACAACUAAAGGAGAAGUGAUUCGUUGGUUUUGGCGGAGCGGUCGACUUCAACAGAAAUUAGAUUUAAAAUUGAACACAGAUCAACAAGUUUUAAGUUUUAACCUAAUUAAUUUAUAUGUCAAUUCCAAAACGGCUUGCGCAUUUGUUACAGUUCGCACUACUAAUGAGGAGCAAGUCAAAUGGGGUGUUGUGGAUACAAGUAGUGGAGAACGAUUAAACGUACCAUGUAAAUUAAAUUUGAUGUCCUAUGAACCCCUCGUUGCAGUGGACGCAAAAAAUUUCAAAUAUAUUGCUAUAGCUCAAGGUUAUUAUAUAUAUUUCCUUAAUUAUAAAUCGUGGACAUGGAAGAGGUUAUUUAACGCCCACCGUGUCCCAAUUACGGUCGUUCGGACACAUCCUUUCGAAGAAGCGGUAAUCACAGGUGACGAAACUGGAAAAAUAUUUAUGUGGAGGGAAUUUAUGAAUCUAACGACAAUAAAGACUACCCUCUAUCAUUGGCACCACACCGCUGUGUCUAGUAUAACGUUCACACCCAGCGGCGCAGGUUUUUACAGCAGUGGCUAUGAGUCCGUGCUUGUGUAUUGGAAUACUAAACGACCAGAUUUACACAGUUUUCUACCACGCAUGGGGUCUGUUAUUUGUCAACUCGCUGCUAAUGAUAAUAAUUCACAAAUUGCUGUUUGUACAGCAGAUAAUGGUGUACAUUUUGUUGGCACGGACAAUGAAGUGUUAAACACUCUACAGGACUUCACAUACAUGGAAAAUGAUAAAACUGGAAAUUGCAAAUUUCCAGUUGGACUACGUUUAAAUCCACGCACGAACACGCUUGUGCUAAAUGGAAAACACGGUCAUUUGCAGUUUUACUCCGUAUACACAAAAACCAUGUUAUAUAACAUGGACAUUGUAAUGCAAAAUACACUUUCUAUGGAGACUGGUAAGGUUCUCUACAACAUAAUUGUGACAAAGGUUGCGUUCAAUAUUGAUUGGAUGGCCACCGGUGAGGUUUUCAACGAUCACGAACAUUUUCCGGAGUUGCGUUUAAAAUUUUGGAAACAUGAUGAGGCUGCGAAAAAUUAUACGCUAAAUACAAAUGUCGAGCUACCUCAUGAAGGCGGAUUUAAAGCUAUCGAAUUCUCUAGUUCAAAUCAAGUGGAUAAUUUGUUGUGUGCCACCGUCGGUGAGGAGAAUAUAAUUAAGAUAUGGUCGCUGGAAGAAUCGGAUAAUAUUUAUAACAAAGGAAAAGUUUGGUAUUGUGUAGCACAAACCUCCUACCGUAACUUACCGGUUGAAUCCAUUUCAUUUUCGCAAGAUGGUUCUGUACUGGCUGCUGGUUAUGGCAACACACUUUGUAUAUAUAGAGCUGAAAAUUUAAAACUGAAAGCAGCAUUAACACCACCUCCCGGUUAUGAUGGCGUUGCGCCAUACAUACAAGUAAGCUUGCGACACAAAGACGUCGAUUCACCGCUUAAGGAUGAAUUCACGCCGGAAAAACAAAAAUGGUGGUUGCAACUAUUCAAUGACUUCGUAGAAAAACAUGACGAAACACUCGUUAAGGAACUGGAAAAGUUUGCCGAGAAAUGUGAAAAAAUAGAAUUUAAUCCCAAGGAAGUGUCGGCGAAAGAAAUUGACGAAGAGACGCGAAAACAGCUGUACAAUAAAAUAAUGGAUAUGCAUGAGCUGAACUUCUUCCAUAAAGUGUUGCUCUUUCAACGGCUCGGUAUACGGGUGAAUAUACGUCCCGAAGGGCGCGAACGUUUACUCGCCUAUUUGUACGAUACAAUAUUACCAGAAGGCGAACGUAAGUGUUACCGCGAUGUGGAAAACGAAGUCAAUCGUAUGAGUACAAGAGAACGUUACAAAGCUAAGAGUCGCUUACAUGAAUAUCAAAAAAGGCUAAACAAAUAUGAUGUGGAGGUGCAACGAAAACUGCUGCCACUGAUGGAGGUGCUCAAUUUUGGCGAUAAUAGUAAAGGCGCGUCUCUUACGAACGGCAAUAAUACACGGUAUGACAAUUCCGCGGCAACGAGGGAGAAAACGGAGCAAUCCGAAAAUACAGAACUGGUUGAAGAAAUAACUGACCUUGAACCAAUAACUGCUCAAAUCUCAAAGGUUCAAUUUGCGGCGGGCGAAUGGGCUCAUUUGGUUAUAGUGUGCACUGAGAGGCGUGUUUUAAUUUUUAAUUUACUUACGCUACGUUUACAUGCGGCGUGCAAAUUGUCUGUCGAGCAUUUGGCCUUCGAUCCAAUCAGCAACUUAUGCGCUGCCUUUACAAAGUAUAACGAAUUGUACAUUUUCCAACCAAAUGUGCCGCUAUCUAUAUAUCAACGACGCAAUUUGCCCCGUUUGUACGGCGCGGCUUGGCUCCCACGGCGACAUCCCAAGAACCGUUCCGUUGUUGUUGACUGGCAGGCACUGUCUACAUUAUACUUUCUAACGGAAGAACAGGAAAUUAAUUAUUUGGGUGUGCCAGAUAGUGUGGACGAUGAUGCGCCACCUCCAAUUACCUUUAGUAAUCCGGCCAAUCAUGCGUUGCAAUACAGUACCUUUGGCACUUUUGCUACACAACAACAUUCUGAUAUGCAGACCAACUCACGACAACCGAUCGGACCACUGGUUAUCGGUAAUUCAAGCAAAAUGGCUGUGAAAUCGCUUAUUGACAUGUCCACACACACAAUGCCGCCACUAAGUCUGCUCGCCGCCGAUUUUGUAAAAUCUCUCUUAAAAACAGCUGAUACGCAACAGAAAGAUGAGGCUGCAAAUGAAGGAGUGCAGGCGGAGAAAACAGACAAACCAUUGUAUAAUAGAAGAAAAAUGCUGAAUGGUGGUGCGACUGGUUUUAUGAAUGGACAUGACAGUCACUCGGCUGAUGAUGAAAGUGCCGAAGAAGAGUUGAAUACCGAGGCAAAAGGGAAAGUGAAUUCGACGAAGCGCACCACAACCAAUGACGAAGAUGUCGAAAUGGUUGAUGAGGCGAUUGCUUUGGAAAAACGGAAGAGUUUUAUUGUAAAAAGCGAAGCAAUCAAUGCAAAUGCGGCGAAAAGCUCUUUAGCACAGCAGAGACACGACAACGAAGCACAGUUAAAGCGUAUUGCCGGGUAUAGCGUAGAGUUAGAAUUUUGAAACAAAAACUAGUUAAAAGAGCUAGUAAGUGAAAUAUUAGAAUCAGAUUAAAACUGAUAUUAAUAAUAAUAUAAUACAAUUUGCAUUUUUAAUUUUUUCUAAACGCUUAGUUUCUACUAAGCUAAAUUUAUUUAAAACCGUUUCAAUAUGUACCAUUUUAUAUAUAACUGUGAACAUUCAAACUUCAAAUGUAUCAAUUUGCCUCAUUUACUUCGCAACUGGGCAAUACUUAAUGUUUAUGACUGCAAUGAAAUAUUUUUAAAAUAUAAAUUAAAUCCGUUGUAAUAUAAUAUAUAUACUGAUUUUGUUUGUUGCCAACGAAUCCUAAAUAAAAAAUUGGUUUUUAUAA